AUGUCGCUGAAAUUGCCAAAACAACCAACCAUGGGACCUACUUUUAGAGGAGGAAGUCCCUUUUUGACUGUUUCUGUAACAAAACCAACACCUCUUUCCAUUUCCACCAUUCAUGCCAUUCUUUCCUUUUCUUCAAAUGAUAACCUUACCAAAUUCACCUUUCAUCUUAACAAUGAUCAAGCAUGGAUCCUAUACGCUUCCUUGCCAAUCAAGUUAAGUCAUGAACUUUCUGAGAUCACUUCUGAGGCCUUUUCCAGCAUAAUUCGGAUUGCUUUAUUUCCGGAUUUCAAUUCAAAAAACGAGGAUAUUCUUGACAAGUACACACAAUUCUUGUUACCCUCUGUCAGUGAUUAUAAGUAUAAAAGCAUUGAUGGUGAACUUGUUGGAGUUGUUGGUGAUUCAUGGCUUUUGAAAACCGAUUCUGUUUCUGUAACUUGGCAUACAAGCAAAGGUGUAAAAGAAGAAUCACAUGACAAAAUUGUUUCAGCUCUUUCGAAAGAUGUUGAAGGUCUAAAGUCAUCACCGAUAACAACGACAUCAUCUUACUUUUAUGGAAAAUUGAUAGCAAGAGCUGCAAGGUUAGCAUUGAUAACUGAAGAGGUGAAUUACCUUGAUGCAAUUCCAAUUGUGAAGAAGUACUUGAAGGAAUCCAUUGAGCCUUGGCUUGAUGGAACUUUUAAUGGAAAUGGAUUUCUCUAUGAUAAAAAAUGGGGAGGUAUUAUAACGAAACAAGGUUCUACUGAUACCGGUGCUGAUUUCGGGUUUGGAAUUUAUAAUGACCAUCAUUAUCAUUUAGGUUACUUUCUCUAUGGAAUUGCACUGUAG